GUGUCAAUUUACCUCUGAGCUCCUCCCCUGCAAUUGGGCCUCACCUGGGAAGGUGUCCGCUUCCUUACACACCAAAGACUUUGUGCCUUUUGAAGAACAACAGCCGCCCUGAAGCGAUGACAAUGCAGACGGUGGAGGGACAGUGGCUCAGUGGCAGAGCAUCUGCUUGAUCCUGCCUAGCUGCUCACCAUGGAGACACCCCUGGAGAAAGCCCUGGCCACCUUGGUGUACACCUUCCACAAAUAUUCCGGGAAGGAAGGAGACAAGUUUACCCUCAGCAAGAUGGAGCUGAAGGAGCUGGUGAAGAAGGAGCUUGUGCUGGGAGAGAAGCUGAAAGACAGUGGGAUCGACAAGCUGAUGGGGACCCUGGACAAGAACAACGACGACGAGAUUGACUUUAAGGAGUACACGGGCUUCCUCUCCGCUCUCUGCAUGACCUACAACGAUUUCUUCCAGAAGGAUGCCAAAUAGGGGGAAAGAGGGGACCUUCCAUUAAGGCCUUGCGGCGUCAAGACCCCACGGCAGCUUUAAAUAAAAGAGUUUUCUCUCCAGCAA